AUGCAGGAGUCCGAAACUGCAGCGGAGGCUGUACGCAGGCCUCUGCGACGUUGCCGGGUGUUGGUUUGUUUACGCUUGCCCAGGAUCGAUCCCGGGGCCACGCAACUCGGCUUGUAUUCCAGUGCACUUGGCCUGGCUGUCACGUCAGGACUACAACCUGCGACGCCAUCGAGGCUCAUGUCAGAAAUUCUCACCUUGGGUAAAAGAAGGAAUGAAGGAGAAGACGAAGGAAUGGCUGGGGAUGAUCACGAGGAAGAAUUUUAUUACACUGAAGUCGAGAUAGGUCUCACCUCACCAUUACCUACGCUGUCGCAUAGAGACAUGGCACGCCCUGCUCAUGAAGAUCCAGAAUACCAGAAAGCAUUAAGCAUGGGAAGUGGAAAUACGGCUGGUCCAAUAUCCAUCCCAAGUAACAGCUGGCCUGUAUCUGCUGCUAUUUCACCGAGUUGCAGCCAGAAACAAAUUAAACUAUCUGUCUCUGCUCCUUCCUCGGGGAGAGUUCCCUCGAGCCCAAGCAGGAGAUUGCGCGGGGAUACCAAAAAAUGCCGAAAAGUGUAUGGUAUGGAACACAGAGAUUUGUGGUGUACACAAUGCAAAUGGAAGAAGGCAUGCACCAGAUUUGGUGACUAAAGCAUCGUCUCAGUUGAUUGAAUUUUAUUGUUUGUAUUUUGAUUGUGUAUGAAGAUUAUUUCCUUUGUAUCAUGUUGUGAAGGUGUAUAGUGUAUUUUGUAUGAGAUAAGGAGCAGUGUAAAAGAUGUGAUUGCUGCAAAGAUUAUUUGGCGAUAGAAGCUAACCACUGCCGUUUUAUUUCAUUCUCGAGUUACCAUUAAUGGGCAGUUUUUGUUUGUAUAUUUAUUUUAUUUUAUUUUUUUAAUUGAUUAACAUUUUUGAAAAUUCAUCCUUCCUAAUGUCUCAUUAUUUAUAUCUCUCCGGUUACAAAACUUUUAAAGGAAUUUUCCACUUCCAAAUAUCUUCCAUACAUCUUGGGAAUGAUAUUUAUGUUUUGUCUGUUCCAUAUAGAACUGACUUUGAACAAACCCUAAUUAUUCGAUAUUAAAUUAUUUAUUCAGUUACCAAUUUCAAUUCAGUUCUAUUAUUAAGUGCUAGUUUUAGUUAUAACAAACCCGGAGUCAUUUUUCUUCCACAGAUCAUGAAAUGUAAAUAUUCAUUUACCCCUUAAGGUAGCUCAUUUCUAAAGAAAAAGACAUUUCGCAGGCAACUGCUCUCUUAGGAAAGAUGGAUGACCAGUUAGGUGAGUGGGCAAGCCCAUGUAAUUUGCAUAAACUGCUGUCAAAUAUCUGUUUGAGGCAGUAAGUUACUAUAUUUGAAAUCAGUUAUGAAUUACAUAUUUAUUUAGCUUCCUUUGAUAUUUAUAUUGUAUAAUGGGCAGGGUUGAUUGUCAGUUAUGAUCUCAAAUAUAAAACAACUCCCUAUUUUUGGCCUAAUUCUGCCAAAUGAUAAAGGGCACGUCAAUAAAAUAAAAAUUAAAAUUAAGUUUGAUAUUACUGUAAAACAAGUCAAUCGUUUAUUUUUCACUUUAUCGUAUAGAAAAUAAUAUAAAAAGAAAAUUUGUAAAUGAAAAAAAAAAAUUAAAAAUCUAGUUUUAAUACACCAACUAUAAAGAAAAUAUAUUUUGCAUAGUUUGUAUAUAAUUUUUGUUACAAUGUUGAUUAGUUUAUUUGUCAAAUAUUUAUACAAAAUAUAUGGUAAUAAAUAACAGAGUAUGAAACAAGAGAUUUUUUAUACCCAAUUAAGAUUUUUAAAAAUAUUUUUGAAUUAAUGUUACAGCAAUAAGUGUUUUAAAAAGUUAACUUUAACUUUGGCAGAAUGUUAUUUAUAUGUAUAUAUCUGAAUAUAAAUAAGUAUAUAUAUAUAUAUUAUAUAUGUAUAUGCAUAUGUACAUAUAUAAAUAUAUAGUUUCUUACGAAAUAUGAGGUAUUUUUAAUAUUACCAAGAUAUUUUUAAGGUGACCUUAACAAUGAUAAUGUAAGGCCAUGCCAGGCCAAAAUGUAGAUGUGACCAUAAGGUCAAGCUAUUCAUAAGAUCUCAUCCCGAUUACGAAAAAAGUUUUUCUGCUCAUUAUUUAGUAGAAUCUCGUCUAUAAAGCUACUGCCAGUCAGAAAAACCCUACCUUCGAAAAACUAAAUAGAGGGCUUAAUUUUGUACUUGUAAUUUUUAAAAUGCCCUCAUUUUACAUAA